GAGGCCAGCAUCGCGAACCCAAACGUCUCAGAGGAGGCCAAGGAGCGCGCUCAGGAGCGCCUGCAGAAGUUGGAAGACACCGGCGAGCUUCGAUCCCGCGAAGCUCACGAGGACAACGUCGCAAUCGGUCACAAGGCGAACCUGUCGAACCCCCACACCAGCCAAGGGGCCAAAGAGCACUCUGCUCAGAUCCUUGACGAGAUG